AUGACUGCGUAUCUUGAAUAUCUCACAUUAAAUACCAUACCUGACACUGUUGGACUCCUACUGUAUCCUUUCCAACAGCACGCUCUAUACGCUAUUGCACUAUGCCUACCAGCAUGUCUUGGUCUCGUCGCGCUCUUGCGUUUCCAAAGAGUGCGCAGCCUCCACAGGCGAUAUCAGCGCUACUCGACACGGGAAUCUUUAUCGACAAUGACCGACUACGAUGCGUGGGAGAUCCAGAAGCUGAUCCUGCAGCUGGAGUUUCCAUUCAUGGCUCUCAAGUCGCUCCAGUUUGCACUUUUUAGGCACCCUGAUCGGCGAGUUCAUGGCCUUCCCGCCCUCGUCGGACCGGGCUCACACGGCCAUCGCGCGCACCAACUUCCUGCACAGCGGAUACCGCGCCAGCGGACGCAUCCGCGCGACGACAUGCUGUACACGCUGAGCCUGUUCGCGCUGCAGCCCAUCCGGUUCGUCGAGCGGUACGAGUGGCGCAGCCUCACGCCGCUCGAGAAAUGCGCCAUUGGCACGUUCUGGAAGAGUCUGGGUGAUGCACUCGGUAUUCGCUAUGAUUGUCUUCUCCCGCCGCCGCCGCCGCCGCCGUCGUCAGGGAAAAGCGGCUUCAGGGAUGGACUCCACUGGUUGGAGGAGAUCGGCGCCUGGAGUGAGCAAUACGAAAAGCAGCAUAUGAUGUCCCAUCCUCGAAACAAAGAGGUUGCCGAUCGGACGGUCGAGGUCCUGGUUUAUGCUCUCCCAGAUGCUUUCAAGCCUUUGGGGAAGUGGUUUGUUUCGUAUAUAAUGGAUGACCGGUUGCGGAGGGCUAUGAUGUACGAUCCUCCACCGCCAGUCGUCCAGCACAUAUUCACCUUCCUCCUCACCACUCGCAAACUCUUCCUGCGCUACCUGGCCCUCCCUCGCCCGUACCUCCUCCGCUACGACGUCUUCACCGAGCAACCCGACUCCAACGGCCGGAACUUCGUCCUCAUGUGGGACGGGGCGCCGUACUACGUCAAGCAGACCCUGUUCAACCGCUGGCUGAGCCCGUCGGCCUGGCUGAACCGGCUGCGAGGACUGCCUGUUCCGGGAGACGAGGGCGACAAGUACUGCCCCGAGGGGUUCUAUACGCCGGAUCUGGGGCCGAAGUAUUUCGAGGGGAAGGGGAGGGAGCAGAUGGAGGAGAUGAAGCGGGUUCUGAGGAGGGAGAGGCGGGGGCAGUGUCCUUUCUCAGAUAUCACUUGGGAGAUGCUGCGGCGGGUCCCUGAUCGGCGGCUAAGGUCGCCGACUGAUUGGGACGAUCGUGGCGGAGCUUCCCUCCGCCAGGCACCCGCCAAACGCUCUCCGCAUCUGUCGCCAGUAAGGCGCAAUAUUAACGGCGUAACGACUUCCUUCUCAUUCUAUUCAUCUGCAACUUCCUCCCCUCAAGUGCUCCUUGCUCCUUGCCCGUUGAUGGCAACNCCAUGCUGGACAGAAUCUCCCAACGUAUACCCCUCCGUACUCACUACCUCCCCGCCAUCCACUAACUGCUGCAGCAUCUUUCUCAGAUCCACCGGUCAGAAACACAGCUCGACCAUCUUCCUCUGCCAGCAUGGCAACGACGCCGAACCGGCCUACUCGGUGCGCCAUCUCGACCCCUCGCAGCCCGUGUCGAAAAACCGCUAUGCCGUCGGCCUGUACGACCCAUACAUCCCGGACGUGCUGUUCGGAGAGGUCCUGAUCAUCCCCGAAUGGACGCAGCCGUCCCUGUCCGCCGAAGCAAUCCGCCAGAACGGCGGAGUGCCCCCUCCGCCGGAACCAAUUCUCCCGUCGCAGUUCACGAUCCAUCUCUACAAUCCCGACCAGGAUGUCAUCGUGCGCUACAAACCCAAGAGCUGGAACUCGCCGCAGACGUGGGAGUUCGAGAUGCCCCAGCGGUCAUUCCGGCAGCCGUCCAACUCGACGCUGGACCGGACGCAGUCCGAUCCGGCCGCGUCGGACAUCACGCCCAAGUUGAAGUUCUUCUGGCGCAAGGACGGCACGCUCUCCAAGGAUUUUGCCUGCUACCUGUCGGGCAAGACGACCACUCCGGACGGCCGCAAGAAGAGCAAGGAGCCCGACAUUACGAUCUCGAUCUUCAAGGGGUUCAAGGAAAUCACCCUCUACGAGCCCAACCUGUACCGGGUGGAGAUGGAGGACUUUAAGGGGCUGGAAGUGGUGCUGAUGCUGGGGGCCGUCGUCAUUCGGGAUGUCUUUUUCGGUUCGUUGAAGGAGGCAUUUCACGUCUCGGAUCCGGCAAAGCCUGCUACUGCCAACGGCGUCGCUACCAAACCUCAGAGACCCCAGAUCACCGUUCCGCAGCAAGAGACCGGACCAGCACCGGCACUGGAUCCCCGUACCAAAUGGGAGAUUGAGGCCGAGCAUGCGCGUCUGAGGCAGCAACUAGAAGCAGAAGAGCGAGAACGGCGAAGGCGGGCGGAGGAAGAGGAGCGAAAGACCAUGAAGCUGCUCGAGGAGGAGGAAAAGGCGGCGCGCAGGAAGCAGGCGGAGAUCGACAAGGAGACGGAGCGGCUGAGGAGGAUUUAUGGGCGGGAGGAGCAGGAGUACCGGCAGCGGCAGGCAGCUUCUCGACCAAACAUUACCGUCUCGUCGCCUAGCCAUCAGUCUCCCCUCCGGCCGCAGUCGUCCUUGUCCUUCUUUGGGCAGUCCGCAGCCCCGCAGCUGAAGGAGAAGAAGAGUAUAUUUGGAUUCCGCAAGAAUUCCGACGACAACAACAAGCUGAGCAAGAAGCGGAGUUCGAUGUUCUAA